AUGUGUUCACACUGCAGGGCUCUGAAGUGUGGCAAAGAAGGAAUCGGAAUUGAGGCUGUUAGUGCAGACUCCAGCCGAGAGUUUGCUUCCAUCUUUGCUUUUGCCACCUGUGGCGGGUUUAAGGGCAAAACAGAGAUUCAAGUGAGUUGUCCUUCUAAAGGUGUUGCGAAUAAGACGAUUACAGCAGCUUUUGGCUACCCAUUCAGGUUGAACCGGGCGUCCUUCCACUCGCAGUCGGGUGGCAGCGUGUGUAAUGUGACGUGGGAGGACCACGUCCUCAUAGGCGACUACUCCUCCUCUGCGCAGUUCUACGUCACCUUUGCGGUCUUCGUGUUCCUCUACUGCAUGGCUGCCCUGGUGCUCUAUGUGGGCUACACCAGCCUCUACCGGGAGAGCCGCAAACUGACCAUGAUUGACUUUAUUGUUACUCUUGUUGCCACUUUUUUGUGGUUGGUGAGUUCCUCGGCCUGGGCUAAAGCUCUUACAGAUAUUAAAAUAGCUACCGGACAGAAUAUUAUUAAGGAACUUGCUCCUUGUCGGCAGCCACAAGAAGCCUUCUGUUACUUUGACUCUGUGACUAGUAUGGGAUCCCUGAAUGUGUCUGUGAACUGACUGAAAAGGAGGCACUGUGACCUGAAGACCUCAGAAUGUGACUAGCGCCUUAAUCACCAUGGGGACCUGGGGAGUUGCUUUCUUCACCCACGUCUAAGCCACUUCACCCUGAGCUUUUCAGCUGAGAUCUCCCACUGCAACUGUUCCUUCACUGGACUGGAGCUGUUCAUUGUGGUGAUAGUUUGUUUGCGCUUAACAAAUAAAGCUUGCCUGAAGAUGA